GCGCCCUGCGCCCUGCUCGCUCCGCUCCCCUCCUGACCCGAGGCCGCCGCCCCGACAUCACCAGCCGAGCCCGAGGCGCUGGCCGCUCCCGCAGCGCGGAGCCCGGCGGGCUGGGCUUCCCCGCGCCGGCGCUCGCCCGCUGCUCCACGGUCCGGCUGCUGCCGCUGCCGCUGCCCCGAGCCGCCGCCGUCCCGUUGCCGCAGAGACCUAGACGCCGCCGCCCCGCGGGACCAAUGAGAACUCCGCUGCUCCCGCGGGCCCUCCCGGUGCUGUUGCUGCUGAUCCUGUUAGGUUCAGGCACUUAUGCAGCUGGGUUGGAGCUCAAUGACACCACCUCCUCCGGGAGAGGAGGACUGUUUUCUGGGGACCACAGUGCUGGUGGACUUGCGGUUUCUGCGGGAAGUGAGGUCUCUACCACAAGUGAAAUGCCUUCAGGCAGUGAACUCUCCACAGGGGACUAUGACUACUCAGAAGAGUACGAUAAUGAGCCACAAAUAUCCGGCUAUGUUAUAGACGAUUCAGUCAGAGUUGAACAGGUGGUUAAGCCCAAGAAAAGCAAGACAGAAGCUGAAAAGACUUCAGAAAAACCCAAAAGAAAGAAAAAGGGAGGCAAAAGUGGAAAAGGUAGAAGAAAUAAAAAGAAGAAGAGGAAGAAUCCAUGUGCUGCCGAGUUUCAGAAUUACUGCAUUCACGGUGAAUGCAAAUACAUCGAGAACAUGGAGGAGGUCUCAUGCAACUGUCAUCAUGAUUACUUUGGUGUACGGUGUGGAGAAAAAUCCAUGAAGACUCAAAGUGGGGAUGAGAGUGACCUAUCCAAGAUUGCGUUAGCAGCGAUAACUGUCUUCAUCUCUGUCAUAAGCCUCACAGCGAUUGUCAUUUUUAUCACAGUCCAGGUUCGAAAACGACACUUCAGGGAAUAUGAAGGAGAAGCGGAAGAAAGAAGGAGGCUUCGGCAAGAAACUGGGAAUGUGCACGCUAUAGCCUAGCUGAAGACAGUACAGGAUAACACGGAGUCACUGCCAAGUCUGACCGGAAGUGACGUAUCGGUCUUCCUUUCUGUGAAGGAAGCGGAGCCUUCUGGUGGCUUCAGACUUUCAGUCAUCAUUUUUCAUGAUAGUCUUAUUUCUGUACAUAAAGAAAUGUGUGGAGAUAAAGUAUUUUUUCAUGUUGUAAAUAAUUUAUUUAAUAUUUAAGUGUUAUUUAUUUUAUAGCUCAUUAAAUUUUUUUAAAAAAA